AUGAAUCGUCGGAGCAAGCCUUUGACCCUGAUAGCCAAGACACCGCGGUUUCAUGCAAGUGGCAGUAUCAGCGACCGAGGCAACCAUGACUUUAACCAUUCUUCACACAAUCAGACCAAAGAUGAUUCGCACAACGGGCAUGGACAUGGCGGAUAUGGUCAUUCUCACGGUGACCUGAAUAUGCGCGGAGUCUUUCCUCAUGUCAUGGGUGAUGCACUGGGAAACAUCGGCGUGAUAGGAUCUGCACUGAUCAUCUGGCUCUGCACAUUCCAUGGCCGCUACUACUUUGAUCCGGCUAUUUCGUUGGUCAUCACCCUUAUCAUUCUGCACGGCGCAAUCCCUCUUUGCCGAGCUGCUGGCCGCAUUCUCCUCCAGGCCGUUCCUAUGGGCAUGUCGAUCGACGAGAUUACGACGGACAUUGAAUCGCUCCAAAGUGUGAUUGAAGCUCACCACCUCCACGUCUACAUGCACCUGGCACGCGAAAUUCGCAGCUGUCUUCACGGCUAUGUCAUUCACAGCUCGACAAUUCAACCCGAAUUCGUCAAUGAAGCAGCCACAUUCGCCGUCUGGUUCGACGACGGUAGAUAA